UACCCCACGUCGAUCUUCACAGGCCGACCCACCCCCCUUAACACGUCCUUGAAAUCUAUCUAGGCCCCUUUCAUCACUCAAAAUGGAAUCGGGAGGACGCGCUGCCAAGUUUGCCAAGAAGGCUGCCUACUACGACAAGGUUGUCGCCCUCUUCCAGGAGUACUCCAAGGUCAUCCUGGUUGAUGCUGACAAUGUCGGUUCGUCGCAGAUGCAGCAGAUCCGCAUUGCCCUCCGCGGCAAGGCUACUCUGCUCAUGGGCAAGAACACCAUGAUCCGCCGUGCUCUUCGCGCCAUCGCCGAGGAGGACGAGAAGAUCGAGCGCAUCCUGCCGCUCAUCGUCGGCAACGUCGGCCUCGUCUUCACCCACGAGGAGCCGGCCGAGAUCCGCGCCCUCAUCGGUGCCAACCGUGUCGGUGCCCCGGCCAAGGCUGGUGCCAUCGCCCCGUGCGACGUCGACGUCCCUGCCGGCCCGACUGGCAUGGAGCCCGGUCUGACUGCCUUCUUCCAGGCUCUCAACAUUGCCACCAAGAUUGCUCGUGGCCAGAUUGAGAUCGUGGCGGACAUCAAGCUCAUCACUAAGGGCGACAAGGUCUCGGCCUCCGAGGCUGUGCUUCUCCAGAAGCUUGGCAUCAAGCCGUUCUCGUACGGUCUUGAGGCCAAGACCAUCUACGACGACGGUGUCGUCUACGAUGCUGCCGUCCUCGACCUCACCUCGGAGGACAUCGGCGCCAUGCUCGCCAACGCCGCCAAGGACAUCGGUGCCAUCUCGCUGGCCAUCGACUACCCGACCGUCGUCUCGGUGCCGCACUCGAUCCUCAACGGCUUCAAGAACGUCAUGUUCGUCUCGCUCGGCUCCGAGUACACCAUCAAGGAGAUCGCCGAGCUCAAGGCUCUGCUCGACGACCCGGAGGCCCUCGCCGCCGCCCAGGCUGCCGCUGCCGCCUCUGGUGACGCUGCCGACGCCGCCGCCGCCGCCGCCGACGACUCGGGCAACGACGACUCGUCGUCCGAGAUGUCGGGCAUGUUCGACAUGUUCGGUUAAGCAACUGCUCUGCUAGCCUACCCAAUUUUGGAGCCAUCGCUCUCUGCCCACCGCAGCCGACGGGUUCCUAUCCG